AUGGUUACAGCCUACGUGGNAGGAAAUGCUACCUACCGAUCUCAUCAAAGUGUCGAAGAACUGCACUUUUUAGAAAACAUCAAUGUUCGGGAUGGAAAGGCGGAAACUAUUACCGCUGCUGUUAACUUGAUAAUGGAAAGGAGAAACUUGCACAAAGACAAAAUGACAGGAUUCAGCAGCAAUGGAGUGAGUGUCAUGAAAGGAAAAAACAAUGGAGUUUCAAAUCGAAUGAAGGACGAUAGUCCAUUUCUUGUGUCUAUCCACUGCAUGGCUCACAGGCUUGCACUUUGCACAAGCCAAGCGGCUAAUGGUAUUCUUUAUUUGGCAAAAUUCAAAGAGAUCCUUACUGCUCUGUACCACUAUUUUGACAAGUCUGCCCUUCGGUCACAGUCACUGGCAGAAUUUCAGAAGAUCUUUGAACAUCCUGAGCUAAAAAUCAAGGAAGUGUUUGAUAUCAGGUGGUUUUCAUUCUACGGUGCUCUGGAGACAAUGUACCACACUUGGCCAUCUCUUGUGGCCUACAUGGAAUCCCGACCCAACAGUGAUGAUAAAGCCUGUGGAUUCAAAAAGAGCCUGAAGGAGUUCAAUUUUGUUGCCACCCUCUGCAUGAUGAUGGAUGUAAUUCCUAUUCUCACAUUCUUGAGCCUUGCUUUGCAAAAGGAACAUGUAGAGCUUGUGUCAGUUCAGGCACUGGUGAAAUCAACUAUUACUCAAAUAACAGCUCUUAAGAGUAACAACAGCAAAUUCUUGUCCGAGAUUUUGCCAUCAGAAGAUGAUGUUUCAGAAGUUAAGUGGAGAGAGAACACUAUUAAAGUGACUGCCGGUGAAGUUCAACAAUUUGAAUCAAUGAAAAUGAAAUUCCUUGACAGUGUCUUACUAAAUCUUGAAAAGUGA